AUGGACGACUCUACACAGCUUGUCAAGCUGAUGGAGACAGCACGCUUAACCAAACCCGCGGACGAACCCAGCACCAGUCAAAGUCAUGAUACCAAACUUCGCCCUUCCGCGCUUGAGUCCUCAGUACUCAAGAAUGUUCCAGUUGAUCUCAUACUCGAGAUAAACAAACAUCUUCCACCUGCGUCUAAACAAGUCCUCGCUCUCUCCUGUCGGCCGAUGCAUUUCACAUUGGGUUCUCAACACUACAAGCAGCUCAAAGAACGCUCUCACGCCUUCGAGCUUCUCACGCUACUGGCGCGGGAAAAGCCCGACCAUAUUGCCUGCUACCACUGCCACAAGUAUCAUUCAAUCUCAGAGGCCCGACGUAUGGGACAUGAUUCCGACCGCGUCGAAUCUCCCUGCGGGGCUAAUGAUCAAUAUCUCCACGGGAAUUUCACCUUCACCAUCUUUCAGAUGGCUAUGAAGUGUUACUCACAAAGCGUCGGUUACACCGACCUCCUGAGAAGUAUCUCUCACCAGUCUACUUGGUAUUGUAUUGGUCAAAAUUAUCUCCACCACCUUACAAUCGUACCGAAGAUAACUCAGGGUUCUAUGAUUAUUCGGGCGCAAGUAGUACUUGUGAAAUCGUCAGCUCGACCAUUCCGCCGUCACAUCUAUUACAAGCUAAAUAUCUGUCCCCAUAUAUCAUUAAUAUGGGAUACACGGUCGGACGCAAUUGGCUUCGUACAAGGAGGCCAAUUACCCGGAUCGGACCCCGAGGUACAUGUCAAUGGCCCUGGAGUCACCAACAAGUGCUUCUACUGCCAUACCGACUACUCUGUCGAGUAUCACACCCCGGCCGAAAAUAUUCAGGCAGCAUGUAUCACGAGGUGGCGCGACAUCGGUGGAGGUCUGUCGCCCUUGGACAAGCAAUUCCGGAAUCAUGUCAACCGGAACUAUCAAUCUUUCGAUCCCAAUCGAGAAUCUGUCUGGGACAAGUUUGAGGAAACACGAGAUCCGGCGUUCGUGGCUAUGAAUAUCAUUCCUCGACAAGAGAUGGAUGGGAUUGUGAAUGAGUUUUGUCGCUCUGCCGGCUUGCGGCGCGAUGAGAGGAGUUCAGAGAUGAUGGAGAUCUAA